AUGCCCGAGAGGAAAGGGCUGAAAAAUUAUCAUGGGGCGAGUAACAAGAUCCUCUCCGACCUCGUCAACCGCCACGCCGCCGCCCGGGGCAGCCGGGACCACCUCCACGAGACCCUCGAUUUCAUCCGCGACGAGACCAAGGCCGUCCGGCGCGGCGUCGAGCACGACGUCGAAGUGGUGACUGAAGAAAUCGCGGGCGGCGGACGCGUGGCGCAGGCGCCCGAGUGGGACUGGCUCUGCCGCGGCGACGAAUUCGACGAGACCGCGGACCGGGGGGAGCACGCGCCCCGGGGCAAGUCCAUGAAGGCGUUUCUCCUCGACGCGGUCCCGCACAACACCGCCGUCGCGUGCGGCGCCGCCGACUCGACGGACAGCGACAGCGACAAGAACACGCCCCAGAAAAACCGGAAAGCUGGAGCCGUGGAGCGCCGCCGACUCGCGGGGGACGGCGACGACUCGUCGACGUCGUCGAGCGACGACGGCUCCGAGGCGCCGCCCGCGGCGCUCGACGACGCGGACCUGCUCUCGCCGCCGCCCGAGGACAUCCCGACGCCGAAGCCCGCGACCAAGACCGUCGACGAGCGCGAGGCCGAGGCGGCGGGCAAGAAGAAGCGCGACUACGGCAAGGGCCUCGAGGACCGGAAGCUCGCGCGGCCGCGGACAGGGCAGCAAAAGGGUGAUUCAACGCCGCGGAAGUCGACGACGUGGCGCGCGUGGUUCCUCAAGUCGAAGAAGGAGACGUCCGAGGGCAAGACCGAGUGGGAGGUGAACACGGGCCACCGCUUCCAGGACCGGCGGCAGCAGCGGCGCUUCAGUACGGACUUUGGGCGCAAGCGGGGGCCGCGGCUCAGCGUCAUCGAGGCGCUCAAGGGCAAGCGCAAGACCGCGGAGCCGCCGCUGACGCCCGCGCUCGAGAAGACGCGGUCCGAGGCCGCUUUAAACGUCACGGAAUCGGGCGAGUCGGCGGCGCUCCACAGCUUCAGCCUCCGCCAGCUCAGCGACAUGGAGCGCGUCAUCGAGCUCACGCAGCUCUUCCAGUGGAUGGACGUCGACGGCGUCGGCGUCGUCGAGGCCGACGACAUCCUGCGCGGCGCGAAGAAGCUCGCGGAGACCGCCGGCGACGACCACCGCGGCGGCUCCUUCUCCAUGUCCCUCGACGAGAUCCACCGCAUGCUCGACCACGUGCCCCGGAAGGACACGACGGGCACGACGGAGCAGCUCAAGCUCGACGACUUCGUGAGCUUCGGCGCGCAGCACGGCGCGCCGGCCAAGGCGCUCAACGCGCACCGCAAGAUCUCCCUCAUGCUCAACGCCUGGCUCGUGCGCAAGCGGUUGAAGCGCUACAACUACGAGAACUACGACGAGCUCGCGGCCGUCUUCUACGAGACGUGCAAGAAGGCGCCCCAGCCCGGCCGCAUGUCGGCCGUGCUCCUCCACGAGGCCCUCCAGGUCAUCUUCCACGAGGAGGCCUACUCCAUCGCCGACUGCUGCCGCAUCAUCGACGGCGCUAGGACGCCCGACGGCUGCGUCGACAUCGACCAGUUUUUGGGCGUCGCGGAGCAGCGCAUGCCGACGACGCUGGCGACGCUGUUGCGGCGCGCCCACCCCUGCGGCGGGCGGGCCUACGGGCGCAAGGACGCGGCGGACAAGGCGACGCUCUACCGCCUCUUCUGGGAGUACGACGUCGAGGACAGCGGCGAGAUCGACGGCCGCCAGUUCUCCCUCGCGCUCGAGGAGCUCGCCCUCAUCGAGAAGAGCGUGCAGUCGGAGCGCAUGAAGCAGAUCUUCGACGUCUCGGGCUGCAACUCGCCCAUCCUCUUCUACGACCUCUACCUCUUCCAGGAGAUCGUCACGAAGCUCCGCAGCAUCCGCACGCGCGGCAAGGCCCUCGCGCUCUACAACUUCGUCUGCCGCCGCUACCGCGCGCGGAAGAAGCCCGUCCCGCUCCAGACCGCGCCCCCGCCGGCCCUCGGCGACCUCCUGGUCAUGAUCAGCCUCAACACGCGCCGCCACGAACUCUACGACCGCCGCCACGACGAGCCCCUGUGA